ACGGCUUAAUGGGCCUGAAGGACCAUCUGGAGGAUGAAACAGGCCACAUCCUCAACCUGGGGCUGGAUUUGGACUACCUCCACGUGGAAGGCACCGACCGCCAGGCCAGCUUGAGUGCCACAGUUGGCACCCACUCAGGAGCCUUGGAGGGGGACGAGACGGAGGUAGGAGGCACCCAUAGCAGUGUCAGUAGUAGCAGCAUCAGCAGUAGUAGUAGUUGUAGUAACUCCUCUGAAGAGAGUGCUGCGUCGGACAGCGAGGAUGAGCGAGGGGUCCAACAUGGCUCUGGUUCUGACGCUCAGACCACCCACCCACACCCCUGUCACCCAGCUGGGCAGGGCCCGGCACAGAGCCCCCAUUCUAGAGACCCAAAACACUCCACCAACCCCUUCACAGAGUAUCGCUCCAAGAUGGAGUUUGCCCUGAAGCUGGGCUACUCUGAGGAGCUGGUUCUGCUGGUUGUGCGGAAGCUAGGGCCCGACGCCCUCAUCAAUGACAUACUGGGAGAACUGGUCAAACUGGGCACCAAGUCAGAAAUGGAUCAGGCUGGGGGAUCAGCCACCCACUCACCCUCCUCCUCCUCCUUAUCCUCCUCCUCUCUGGACUCCUGCAGGCUGGACUGCUCCUCCCAGCUGCUGUUGGAUGACAAGGAGAACAUCAGGCCUGUGGUGGUAGAUGGGAGUAAUGUAGCCAUGAGCCAUGGGAAUAAGGAAGUGUUCUCCUGUCACGGCAUCCAGCUGGCAGUUGAUUGGUUCCUUGAGCGAGGUCACCGUGACAUCACUGUGUUUGUGCCCGCCUGGAGAAAGGAACAGUCCAGACCGGACACCCUUAUCACAGACCAGGAGAUAUUGCGGCAUCUGGAGAAAGACAAGAUCCUUGUGUUCACUCCCUCUCGUCGGGUCCAGGGCCGCCGGGUGGUCUGCUACGACGACCGCUUCAUCGUCAAGCUGGCCUACGAGUCUGACGGCAUAAUCGUCUCUAACGACAACUACCGGGACCUGGCCAAUGAGAAGCCAGAGUGGAAGAAGUUCAUUGACGAGCGGUUGCUCAUGUAUACGUUCGUCAAUGACAAGUUCAUGCCUCCUGAUGAUCCUCUGGGUCGCCAUGGUCCCAGUCUGGAGAACUUCCUGAGGAAGAGACCAGUUAUCCCAGAACACAGGAAGCAGCAAUGUCCCUAUGGGAAGAAGUGCACUUACGGCCACAAGUGUAAGUUCCUCCACCCUGAGAGAGGCAGUCAGCCCCAACGCGCUGUGGCCGACGAGCUGCGUGCCAAGAACUCCUCUUCAUCCUCUACGUCUUCCUCCAAAAUGGUGGGCGAGGCUCUGAUGGUGAAGAGUCACAGCAUGUCCAGCAGCUCCAGGGUAGACGGGAUGCCAGACGCCCACCAAGCUCUCCCAAAGAGACAGUCGGACCCCAGCCUUUGCGUCCCCUCCUACAACGACCUCCUGGAAGAGCGUCUGGGCAGGAGGACUAAAGCAGAGGCCCACAGAGGGAGUAGCAGCAGCAGUAGCAGCAGCAGCAGCCUCCUGGCUUCUGCUCCUGGGGGACCUCCUUCCAGCCACGGCUUCUCUCUUCAGGACUGGGGGAACACCUCCUCCAGAGCUCCAGGGCUGUCGGGGCUUGGUCACUCAAAGUCAUACUCCACCUGUGAAUCCCCAGAGCUAAACUACCACUCCCUGAUGGGGGCUUACUCCAGCCUAAGCCUGGUAGUGCCGCGGAGCCCCGAUCGGCUGUUCCCAUCUGACCUACGGAUGGGCUCAAUGGUGUCUGACUGCAGCAGCGAGGGCAGCGUGAGCUCAGACUCCUUCUCCCCUGAUCCCCUGCUGGAUGACAGCCUCAAGUGCCACUAUCCCCACCCCCAUCACCACCACCAUCACUGCCCUAGCUGCUACCCACAUCACCCCAACCACCCACCCCCUGGUUUUACCCAGCACCCCCAUGGAGGCUCCCACCAUGGAUACCCUCUAGCUCAGAGCAGCCUGGAGGAUCCUCCCUCCUCCCUCCACCACUUCAAGGCCCAGCUCUCCUACCUUCCUCCCCAUAUUCAGCAACCGUCUGUGGGGAGCCACUCUGGCUGUUCUGGGAACUACCCUCCCCAACCUCUAUCCCAGACCUCAAGCCCCCAUUCCCACUCUCACAGCUCUCCUCUGGGGCAUAACCUGGGGGGCUCCACCUGGCAGGACAACAACAGCCUCUACAAGCAAUCCCCUGUCCACCCAAGGAGGAUCUACCCUGAGCCAGGACAGGAGCAGCGACUGGCCAGAUGGGACCCCCACUACAAGCAUCCCCCCCAGGCCUGCUACGAGCCUUUCACUUUCCAGUCCCUGCCUGAGGGCCGCAAACAACCCUGGCACUCGCCCUGGCCCAGGGGGACACACUCUCCCCAUCCUCAAUCCCUUUCCUCCUCCCAUCUUCCACCUCUUACCCACCACUCUACGGCCCCCCAGCACCAGGAGCCCCCUGCCCUGGGCAGAUACCAGAACGUCAGGGAGAAUGUGUUUGUCAACCUGUGUAACAUCUUCCCCCCAGAGCUGGUGAGGGUGGUGAUGGUGAGGAACCCCCAUGUGAUGGACGCCCAGCAGCUGGCUGCAGCCAUCCUGGCUGAGAAGUCCCAGGCUGGCUACUGAGUACCGACACUACUGUAGCAGAGGAAAUAAGUGGCGUGCUCAACUCUAUAGUCUCCCCAAAACAUCUACGA